GCCAGGCCGGGCCCCGCCCCGGGAGGGCGGGUUCACGCCGCCUCCGCAGCGCCGGGGGCUCGUGGGCCCGGGCCGGGGCAGCCGCGCACCGACAGACGGAGCCGCCCGGCCGGAGGGAGAGACGCUGCGGCCGCGGGCUAUUUUAUUGCAAAGCCACUGUGGAAUCCUCAUCUUUCAGACUUUCUGUGGUGGAGUCGGUUGAGCCAAAAUUGUAUCAGACUUAUCUGUUCUGGGGCUUGUCAUCUCUGUCUGACAUAUUAUUGUCUUAAUCCAAAAUACGGUGCAAUGUCAGCUGUGGAACAGCAACAGGCAGAACCUUCUCCAUCAUCCAAUUCAUCCAGUUCCUUUGAAGUAGUGGAGGCAGAUACUGCAAAUAAAUAUGAGGCAGUUGUUCCUCACUGGUUUUACUGCAAGGUAAUAGAUUCUAGAGAGAGGUGGAUCCCUUUCAGUCGACAAGACUCGGAGAAGUUAGAAGAGGCUCACAACUCAAGGAAAGACGAUGAACAGCUGGUAGUUCCAACGGAAGGGGGCAGGUAUGACGUGCAUUUGAAGAAGAGGCUGCGCUGUGCCAUGUAUUGGGAGGAAGAGGUGUCUGAAGUGAGACGCUGCACCUGGUUUUACAAGGGAGACAAGGACAACAAGUAUAUUCCCUACUCGGAGAGCUUCAGCGAAGAGUUGGAGGAAACUUACAUGAUUGCCAUAACUCUGGACGAGUGGAAAAAGAAACUUGAGUCCCCUACUAGAGAAAUCAUUAUAUUGCAUAACCCAAAGCUGAUGGUGCACUACCAUCCAGUGACAACCUCUGAUGACUGGGGCUCAACCCCUACAGAACAAGGUCGACCAAGAACUGUUAAGAGAGGAGUGGAGAACAUCUCCGCUGACAUCCCCUGCGGGGAGCCUCUGCAAAUAGAUCACUUGGUUUUUGUAGUUCAUGGAAUUGGGCCAGCAUGUGAUAUCCGGUUCCGGUCCAUCGUCCAAUGUGUGAACGACUUCCGUAACGUUUCCUUGAGCAUGCUGCAAGCCCACUUCAAGAAAGCCCAGGAGCAGCAACAGAUUGGCCGGGUAGAGUUCUUGCCUGUGAACUGGCACAGCCCUUUGCAUUCCACGGGGGUGGACGUCGAUUUGGAGCGAAUUACCUUGCCGAGCAUCAACCGCCUGCGGCACUUCAUAAACGACACCAUACUGGAUGUUUUCUUCUACAACAGCUCCACCUACUGCCAGACCAUAGUGGAUACUGUUGCUUCAGAAAUGAACCGUCUGUAUCGGCUCUUCCUGCAGAGGAACCCUGACUUUAAAGGGGGUGUUUCCAUCGCGGGCCAUAGCUUAGGGUCGCUGAUAUUGUUUGAUCUUCUAACAAAUCAGAAAGAUUCCUCUGAGGAUGAAGACGGCAAUAAAGAGGGGUCCCAGAUGGGUGCCUAUGGACAGGGAGACAUUGGGAGAGUGAAAGAAAUCCUGAAGAAGCUUGAGCUGUCUGAGUACUACAGUGUCUUUGAGAAGGAGAGAAUGGACACACAAGCACUGGCUCUGUGUACGGAGAAGGAUCUUAAAGACAUGGGAAUUCCCUUGGGACCAAGAACAAAGAUCCUUCAUUAUGUAAGAACCAAAGACGAAACACAGGAUGCUCAGCAGCAGGCCCAUGUCCCUGUUGGGAAUAACGACAAGAGCGAAGAUGCUCCCAAACCUGAGUCAGGGUCAUCCCCGCAGCUGGGUGCCCGGAGCAGCAGCAUGAAUGGUGGGGGGAAGCGUCAAUAUUUGGAUGUCGGGCUAGGACAGGUCUCAGCAAAUUACCCUCAGCUAAUCUACAAACCUGACAUCUUCUUUGCUUUUGGGUCUCCCAUUGGGAUGUUUCUCACUGUACGAGGUGUGAAAAGGAUUGAUCCAAACUACAGCCUUCCUACCUGCAAAGGCUUCUUCAAUAUCUUCCAUCCUUUUGACCCGGUGGCAUACAGGAUUGAGCCCAUGAUCAUUCCAGACCUGGAGUUCGAGCCCAUGCUGCUCCCUCAUCACAAGGGCAGGAAGAGAAUGCAUUUAGAACUGAAAGAGGGCCUGACCCGCAUGGGUAUGGAUCUCAAGAACAACCUGCUGGGGUCACUGAGGAUAGCCUGGCAGUCUUUCACCAGAUCCCCACUGCUGGCCGUGGAGGCAGCAGCCACUGAAAACGAAGCUGAAACUAGUUUGGAGAAACAGACAGUCCAUUCAGAUAUGAAGCCCGAAGAGCCUGCUGCUACAGGGAAGGAAGACACCCCUCCUAUCAAUGUGGGAAUGCUAAAUGGAGGCCACCGGAUUGACUAUGUGUUGCAAGAGAAGCCUAUAGAGAGUUUUAAUGAAUAUUUAUUUGCACUACAAGGCCAUCUCUGCUACUGGGAGUCCGAAGAUACCGUUCUCUUGAUUCUGAAAGAGAUCUACCAAACACAGGGCAUUACAUUAGAUCAGCCUCUACAAUGAAGUCAGAUGACCAGCUGCACUGUUCUGGCAACAUGAUAUGCACACCAAGUGACUACUCACCUGAAAAGCCCGGAGUUUCCUCUGCCUUCCUAUCCUCUGCUGCUACUGUAUCGUGCAUGCUGCUUCCCACAUACCUGCUGCUGCCUGGAGCACUGGGAGAUUUUUCUCAUUUUGGGGGGAAAAAAAUCAAGGCAAAACACUCUUCUCCUAAAAUACCCACUAUGGACUUGCCCCUGUGCCCAUUGUGACACCCAUGGGAUCGUUCACGCCAACACCAUUCAGCUGACUAGUCUGACCAUCUUGUAAGUUACAAUACUAGCUGUUCGAAGUAUAAAUACAGAAGAGAGGUGGUUGGGAUCUGGUGAUUUCAGGGCCUUGUAUUGAAUCCUGGUUAGUGAGCAAAUGUGUUGCUUGUGAAAAACGCCUUUAAUGCCCUGGGCACAUGCCAUGCUACAGAAGUAGAACCACAGUAGCUUGGCAGAGUGAGCAAAGAGUGGUGCUAUCUCUUGGCCUUUUGAGAUGUCAUGAGCACAAGAGAGGCACAGCAGUCCAACCUUUUGUGGAAGUGCAGACAGCUGUUAAGUGUUUGGUUUUCUUACACACUUUCUAUCAUGACUGUCUCUAUUCCGCACGCCCAGGGUGGGUGGCAUGUCAAUAAUUGUGUGACAGCCUCAUCUGCCAAGGUACUACAUGCUACCGCUUUGCUUUUAAGUGGCCAGCUCCCCUAAGACACGCGAGCUGAAUCAUGUUGCAGUGGGUGGCCAAACAGGACUCCUUCAUGAGGCUUGCAUGUUUCCCCUUGGUGUCCACCCACAGCAUGGUCUCACUGUAUUAGGGAAAAAAGUGUUUGUUAUGGAAGCAGGUGGGAAUCGAUCUCCUAAGCUCCUUGCUUUAUACCAGCUGAAGUCAUGACAGGUGUUUGCACCGGAUCAUGAAGAUGUCUGGUUGCUGCUUAUUUACUAUUAACAGAACUAGCCCAAAGCUUAGGAAUAAACCCAAGUAGGCUUCAUGUCAGUUCAGGCUGCCUAGCCUAGUGCAGUAUUUCUAACACAGACCCAGAGCCCUGGGCUAUUUGAGGCUGGCACAUCAAUGAAGGGAUGAACUCUGAACCAGCCUGGAUUCUGGCUCUAAUUCCAUUCUCCUUCACAGGCAAAACCCCUCUGCAGUAGGAGUGGGACCUGUCCAAGGAAGAGGGGCUUAAGCCCAGUAACUGCAGCAGGGGGCUGAGGACAGACCAACUCCAUGUCCAGUUCCUUAGCAAAGCAUUCAAUCUAGACUCAGUCAAGACCUCAUUAGGAGAAAAAAUAGCUGCACUUGAGUGUGGAUGAAUAGCUAUGGUGGUAGAGGCUUUCAGUGCGAUUCAUGGGCCAAACGUUCUCCUUCGCCCCACCCAUUCCACACUGCUGAGUUCAAAGUGGCUACAUUGGUACAACUGAGGGGAGCAUCUGGCAUCAUCAACCAACCUCUACUCUAUAAACAGGUGCUGUGACACUAGAUCCACGUUCACAAAAUAUGGGUGACCCUGCUGGUGAAACCAUAGCAACCUUUUGUACGCAGCCAUGGCUUAUGCUGUAUUAACCAGGAGCUGCUGAACGAUUGCUGUUAGAAGCACUGUACGGGUAACUUAUGGGGCAGAGAUACUAAAAUGAUAAAUCCCUUGUAACCAAAGAUGUACAGGGUAAACAACGGACUAAACUAACCCCUUGGCGUGUGGAGUCCCUUGAGCAAGGGAGAGCAAAUGCUGUGAGGGUGUGAGAUGGUGUCUCUGGGCUGGGGUCUGGAAGUGGCCACUCCCAUAUUCCCCCUCCUGUUGUUCAGUGCAAUAGGCCUUUUCCCAGUGCAAUAAGCUUGUUUGUUUUUCUUCUGUGUAUUAUUUGCACUAUUUAAAUGCAUUCUGUAUUCCCCAACCCUGCCCCCUCCAAAAGAACUGAGAAGCUCUACUCACACCUGACUGGGCAGUGAUGUUCUGCACAGCUAAGCUCCUGGAUUCCUAUCACAUCUCCUGGAGGUAUGUAAGAAGGAACUGUUUAUAACAGGACACACAGUCAUGACCAGCUCUUCAAGUUAUGCACUUUGGGUAAAAUGUUUAAAUGCAUUUAAAAUUGUUAUUUAAUGUCUUUUUCCAGUCAAUACAAAAGUAAAUCUA